AACAAGUAUGAUUUUUCAUUAGGGAACAGACCUUCCUUCCUUUGUCUCUUCUCACUAGUAUCUUGGGGUUUUUGUUUUGUUUUGUUUUUUCUUUUAGCUUCCCUUUGUAUUGACCAAGUGUCAAGGUGGACAGCAGACAGACUUGACGCUGUUGUUGUAUCAACCAGCUACAGAUUAACACCCAAAUACCAUUUUCCAGUUCAAUUUGAAGAUGUGUAUAAUGGCUUAACGUGGUUCUUAAGCAAAAAUAUUCUGGAAAAAUAUGGUGUGAGCCCUCAAUAUGUCUGUGUUUCCGGAGACAGUGCGGGAGGAAAUUUGGCUGCAGCAGCGACUCAGCAGCUCUUUGAUGACACAGAUAUCAAGAUCAAACCUAAGAUCCAGGCUUUAAUUUAUCCUGCUCUUCAAUCUCUCGAUUUAGAUCCACCAUCAUAUCGAGAAAAUUCACAUAUGGCAGUUCUUUCCAAGUCCCUCAUGGUCAGGUUCUGGAGUGAAUACUUUACCAUAGACAGGGCACUCGAGAAAGCCAUGCUUUCCAAUCAGCAUGUACCUGAGGAAUCAAGUCAUCUCUUCAAGUUUGUUAACUGGAGUUCCUUGUUCCCUGAGAGGUUUAGGAAAGGACAUCUUCAUAACAACCCAACUUAUGGUAGUUCUGAAUUGUCUCAAAAAUAUCCUGGGUUCCUGGAUGUGAGGGCAGCUCCUCUGUUGGCAGAUGACAGCAGGUUGCAUGGUUUACCCCUGACCUAUGUCCUCACUUGUCAGUAUGAUGUCUUAAGAGAUGAUGGACUCGUGUAUGUCACCAGACUUCGGAAGGCUGGAGUUCAAGUGACCCAUAACCAUGUGGAGGACGGAUUCCAUAGAGCAUUUUCUCUUCUGGAUCUUAAAAUUUAUCAAAGGUUGAUAAAUCAAUAUAUUAAUUGGCUAAAGGAAAAUCUAUAGCAAAAUAUAUAUUCCUGAUAUAUUUUCAAAAUAUACUAAUUCUCACAGUAUCAGAAAACCUACCUGGUAGAAAAUUGUUUUUCUUGUAAUGGUCUUCUGAAGAUCCACAUAUAGUAUAAAAAUUCCUUGUUUCAAUGGUGACUUUGCUAUUGUUCUUUCUUAGUCUUAGGUAUUUCUUUCAGUAUUCCACAUUUUAUAUGUGUUACUUCUGACAGUUUUCUCUAUUUUUAAUCGUAGUUUUUGGUACUUUAUUUUUGUUUUAGACUCUCUUUUAAGUGUUAGCUAUUACAAUUCCAAGAAGAGAAAUGUGAAUAAAUACUGCCUGUCUUA